CCGGCCGCCCGCGCGCAGAGACUCGGCGAUCGUUAACGCGUAGUACCACGGCCAUUGUGCUAAAAGAAUCCACGACGCUCGGAUAGUGAACGCUGAGGACCGGGGACGUGUAGUUUUUCCAAGUUUUUCCUCCUGUGAUAUUUAGAUUGUGCCAAUAUAGAAACGAGGAAACGAUACCAGAGAACAUGGAGGAUGACCAGCAGUUCUGCCUUAAAUGGAACAAUCAUCAGAGCACACUGAUACAAAAUUUCGACACGCUUUAUGAAAGCGGUACGCUGGUCGACUGCACGUUGGCAGCGGAGGGGAAAUACCUAAAGGCCCACAGGGUAGUCCUCUCCGCGUGCAGUCCAUAUUUUGAGGGCCUCCUCAGCGAGCACUAUGAUAAGCACCCUGUAUUCAUACUCAAAGAUGUAAAAUUUAAAGAAUUGAAGGCGAUGAUGGAUUAUAUGUACAGGGGAGAAGUGAAUAUCUCCCAAGACCAACUAACGGCACUCCUUAAGGCUGCCGAGUCAUUACAAAUUAAGGGCCUUUCGGAAAGUAAAACGGGCGGUGGUAACAAUAAAACAGUUUCGAGGGUAUCUAAAGUCGCGCCACAGCCGAGGUCAUCGCCGUUAAACAUUUCCUACGCGUCUUCCGGUCUCACCAUUGAAAGGAACAGAGUUCCUAGACAGGCACAAAGUUCUAUAGGGGAUUUGCCCGAAGACUCGCACAGUCCCCAAAUACCUAAGGAGCUUUCUUCGAGGGAGGGCUCGCAAAGUCCAACAUCAAAGAAAAGAAGAAGACUUAGAAGAAGAAGCGUCGGUGAAGAUAAUUCCGUAGAAAAUCACGAAGCAUCGAAUUCAAGCGAUAUACCUCAACAAAUGGGCGUGCCGGCACUUGCGAUAGCACCUGUCGCGGACGAAAAAACGAACGCUGAUCCCACGGACUCCCUCGGCAGGUCAGCUUUAAUGACGCAGCUGACGAAACCUGCCGAUGAGAUGCUUCAGAUACCACUCGAAAAUCCCGAGCCAAAUGAUAAUCUCAUCGAGCCAAAGUCCGAGUAUUUGGAGGACCAAGAAGAAAGCGUUGAGGAUCUGACCCUAGAUGAUGAUAUGAAUGAUUUGAAUGAAAUUGAGCAGGAUACGAAUAGGGCCGGGCCGUCCCAUGACAACUCUCAACAUCCUGCUGGCCUUGCAACAUGGCACGUUACCGGUGAUCGAAGUAACGCGGGUGGUGUCGUGGGUUCGGUGGCAGGUGCACCAGGGACGACGGACGAAGUUUUUCUUGCAGCCCAGGAGGCCGCCCAGGCCCACCGCGACUCACAAGGUGAGAAUACUAAGGGCAACGUAACGGACGAGAAUCAUCAUCACGAUGAAGAUUCGGAGAUUUGUGAGGUACCAUUUCACGGACAGUUAACGAUGAAUUAUCUAUUGUGUGAUUCGUCGAUCCUGAAUCCGGUAGAACCUAGCGUAGUACAGAGCAGAAACAGCAGUAGCAGUGGAAGCAGCAAACCUUGCCAACAAUUCCGUUGCGAUGGCUGUGGUAGAACGUAUACUAGGGUCGACAGUUUAAAACGUCAUCAACAAAAAUGCGACGACCUAUUGGCAUCAUUGCAAGAUCGACAAGAGAAUUUGGAAAGGUUACAACAACAAGAAUAUUCUUGCAAUCAGUGCGAUAUUAUGGAAGACACUAAGGAUUACGAUGCACUCUGGAUGCUGGAGAAGAAAGCCCGUAGCAUUGGUGAGGAUCAGGAGUCAUUCUUGGUACCGAUGAGAUCUAAGGUCCCUGAACAAGCUGGUCCGAGUUAUCCGAUAGCACAACUUUACGGUGGAGAGUCCUACAUCGCUGUACUUCAAGCCCAAUACGUUUGCACCGAUUGCGGAAAGAAAUAUAAAUGGCAGGAUAGCUUGAAGAGACAUCAAAGGGUAGAUUGUGGGAAUAAAGAAAAGAAAUUUGCUUGUAAUGUGUGCGAUAGGAAAUUUAAAUAUCGUUACGAGCUUAAAAAUCACAUUACAGCUCAUCAUAGAACGUGAACUCUUCUCUCUCUCUCUCUCUCUCUCUCUCUCUCUCUCUCUCUCUCUCUCUAUCUAUCUAUCUAUCUAUCUAUCUAUCUAUCUCUCUAUUUCUUUCUUUCUCUAUCUGUGUCUAUCUCUCGAUCUCUUUUUAUUUUCUGUGAGAUAACUCUUGUGAUCUUGAACGUUGUGAAUAUUACAUAUUUUUUUUUUUUUGAAACUUGAUGUUUCAUUGUUCAUUUUAAUUUCAUUACUCGUUAGUCUCGUUUAAUUACGUUCGAAGGACUUUACGAUCGGAGAGACAAAGGUGCUUAUUAGAUAAUAACACAAUGAGACACUAUAUGAUGAUAUUAGUAUAAUAUAAUUGUGGUCAACAUGCGCAGAAUCGUCAGCGAAUCGAAUUCAAUCAAUUUUCGAGUUUACGUGAUCCUAGCGACUAAAUAAUUAUUGCAAAGGUAUAUACGCUCUUGUAUUACCUUGAAUUAUCUAAUUGGAUCAUCGUGGAUUGGUCCGAUAUAAUAAUGCGCAUGUAGCCUAAGAACUAUAGUGCGAUCGAGAUAACUUUUGAUAACACGAUUUCACAUUUGUCACGUCUAUUAUUUUAUUAUUGUCAACUUACAAAUAUGUUUCAUCGGUGCACAAUUAUUCACGAAUUAAAUUGGAUUUAAUUAAAAUAAAAAGAAAAAG